AUGGCCCAGUGGAAUCAAACCACAGUGUCAGAGUUUAUUCUUGCAGGAUUCACAGAUGAUCCACUGCUUCAGAUUUUCCUUUUCAUUGUGUUUCUAGCAAUCUAUGUAAUCACUCUGCUGGGAAAUAUUGGGAUGAUUGCACUGAUUCAUCUUGAUAGCCAUCUUCAAACACCCAUGUACUUUUUCCUCAGCAACCUGUCCUUCUCAGACCUCUGUUAUUCCACUGUAAUUGUCCCUAAUACACUGGUAAAUUUCUUGACCAAAAAGAAAUCCAUUUCAUUCAUUGGCUGUGCCACCCAAUUCUAUUUCUAUGCAGUGUUUGCCAGUGUAGAGUGUCUCUUACUGGCUGCCAUGGCUUAUGACCGUUAUGUUGCCAUCUGCAACCCUCUGUUAUAUUCAGUGCUCAUGUCCAGGAAAGUUUGUAUUUGGCUAGUACUGGCUUCAUAUCUGGUAGGGUGUAUAAAUGGAAUGAUACACACAAACACAACCUUCUGCCUUCCUUUCUGCACCUCCAACAUCAUUGAUCACUUCUUUUGUGACGUGCCAUUCAUACUGAAGCUUGCCUGCUCUGAUACAACACUCAACCACAUUCUGCUUUUCGUGAUCUCCUCAUUGAUAGGUCUCUGUUCAUUUCUUAUCAUCCUGAUCUCUUAUGUCUAUAUCCUUAUCACCAUCCAGAAGAUCACCUCAUCUGAGGGGAGAAGGAAGACCUUCUCCACCUGUGCCUCCCACCUGAUGGCUGUCUCUUUGUUCUAUACCACAAUCCUUUUCAUCUAUCUAAAGCCCAACUCGAGCUACUCUGCAAGGCAAGACCAAAUUGCUGCUGUCUUUUAUACAGUGGUGAUCCCCAUGGUGAACCCUCUGAUCUACAGCCUGAGAAACAAGGAAGUGAAGGAUGCCCUGAAAAGAAUAGUAAAGAGGAAAGGGGUGUCCAUUGGGGCAUAA